CCCUAAACCACGCCGCUGUUUCUCGUCACACUACAUCUGGGUCUGCUCUCACUGCUGCCUCCGGAUGAGCUAGACCCGGUUGCCAGGGCUAAUUUGGUCUGUACGUGCAGUGGUCUCUGGCUACUUCUUGAGGCUUGGUGGUUUGUUUUUUUUUUUUUCUCUCAAUAAUAUCAUUGUUCUAAUCUGCUAAAAUAGAAGUCCAUCUGAAAAAGCCAAGAGAACGGAACGCCACUCUUCCAUUUUUCUUCCCCUGUCUCGUCUAGAAUAGUUGACUUCCGAAACGUUUGUUUCCAACAACCACUUUCAGCUUCCUGUGUCUGCCGUGGUUCCACCUUUGGAUGGUGCAGGAGUGGGGCUGUGGCAUCCGGAGGAGGCCAACUUUAACACAGGAUUUAUCCUGAAGAAAAUACUUACUGAGGAAAAAGAAGCAUCAUUUGACGCACUGAAGAAUUUAAACCAACAGCACCGCAGAGCUGUGUGGGAGAAGAGGGGAUUUUGAACUCAAGUGGCACAAUCAAGGCUUUAGAAGUAAAGAGAUUUGGAGGGUUUCUUGCCAAAUGGAAGUUAUCUAGAAAGCCUCUGAGACCACUGCGUUUCUCCAUCUCACUUCUGCUGUGUCAAGACAGUGCUUUUGGCCCUGGACAUUAAUAAAAUGCUGGAUUCAAUCAAGUGUGUUCUGGUGGGAGACUCCGCAGUGGGGAAAACAUCUCUCUUGGUACGCUUCACCUCUGAGACUUUUCCAGAUGACUACAGACCCACCGUAUAUGAAAAUACCGGAGUGGACGUCUUCAUGGAUGGUGUACAGAUUAGCCUCGGUCUUUGGGACACAUCUGGCAGCGAUGCCUUCAAAGGCAUUCGCCCCCUCUCAUACCAGCAGGCAGAUGUGGUACUAAUGUGCUACUCGGUGGCAAACCACAAUUCCUUUCUAAACCUGAGGAACAAAUGGAUCGGUGAGAUCCGCAGCCAUUUGCCCCGCAUCCCCAUUUUGGUAGUGGCUACUCAGACUGACCAGCGCGACACGGGGCCCUACCGUUCCUCCUGCAUCAGCCCGGUAGACGGGAAGCGUCUUGCCCAGGACGUGCGAGCCAAAGGCUACUUGGAGUGCUCUGCCCUCAGCAACCGAGGGGUGCAGCAGGUGUUCGAGUACGCCGUGCGGACAGCGGUCAAUCAAGCCAAAAAGCGGAACAGGCGGAAGCUCUUCUCCAUGAACGAGUGCAAGAUCUUUUGAGGACCGUCAGCCGUGGCUUUGCCUGCGUUCAUUAUUUCUGUCUUCGCACGAAGGUACUGUGGCAGAGAGGAUGGGAGGUGAAUCAAAGGAGGACUCCUGGCAGGACCACAGUGCAGGUGCCCCUAGUGAGACAGCUGUGCACUCUAUCUGAUCUGCUUGCCCCAGAACACAUGGGCACUAUCUUAAAAAAUGAAAGGUGCGGGUACAAUACCCUUAUUCACAAACCUGUGGUUGGACUUUGCUAGCCUGGGCUGGAGAAGGCCUAUUCUGGAGAUCUGCAGAUAAUAGCUGUGCUGAUUUUGUUGUUGCUAUUGAUGAUGUUCCUUAGUUGUUGGUUUGUCUGCACUUAUUUAAUGAUGAACUUCUGCCUGGAUCAACCCCCCACCUCUUGAUAUGUCUGUCCAUGUGAAGUUUUUUUUUACUUUAAGAACUCUGUGUAUACAAUCUGACCGCUGUGUAUUCUAUUUAAAAGACUCUCGUAUACAUUGUUGUAAAAUCCUAACAGUUUGUUUUCAUUUUUUGGAGUUUCUUCUUUUAGAGGUUCUGCUAGCCACAGAAACAAAUUGUCCUAUCCAUAUAAUAAAUGGCCUGCAGGCAAGCCCAGCACUUCUUAGACAUGCCCGAGUCACCACGUACCAGUAAUCGAGUCCAGUACAUCCAGCAUAGGAGUGAUCAAAACUUAGUGACAGUUGACAUCUGUCCUGUGGCUUUGUGAGAUUUGUUGCCUUAGUCUUGUUCCUCAGCGAUGUGGUCAAACAUGGGACAAACCAAGAGGAAAUCAACCUGAUUCUUCCUAGACCUCACCUGGUUACAACCCCAGAAGGGCUGGCUUAAACAUAUGGUUGGGGUGGCAGAGACGAAUCUGUGCAGUCAUCACCUCUGUUGUCCCUGCUGUAAUUCUGGAGACAAAAGAUUUCAGUCUCCAGGGAUGGAGGGUGUUUUUUCAUGAGCACUAAAAUUCUCACAUAUUUUUAGCACACUUCUUUUCAAAAAAGUUAUUUUAAUGAAACCAGUCACCUACUAUAGUAAAAAAUUAAGUACAUGGCAAUGUUGAAUGUGCAUAUUUGGGAUGGCUAGAUGACAUUUUUUGUUGAGUUUGCAUACUAAGUAUAACUGCCUGGGUUGUAUCAAAAUAAGACCGAGACAGGGCUUGCAUCCUGGGGAGCCUGGCAAUUCUAAGAGUCAAAUCCUGACGUACCUACAUUACCCGCCUGCACAGAAAGGCAGGCUGAGGAGGUGGAAACUCCAGGUGUGUAAGAGAACUCUGCUGGGAGACAUAGUGGGGUUAACACGCACUGCUGUACGUUCCUACUGAGUUGUGGUGUUCCCCUGCUCCUCAGGUUAUCUGUCCCCUCUGCCCAGCACCAUCUCAGAUCUUGCAGAUCUGUCUCAUUGCAAGGUUUCUGCUGCCCGUAGAGGAAAUCCCAGGGGGAUUUCUUAGUGCAGCAAGAUUUUUAUUCUCCUUUUCCCUGUCUUUCAGCUAGCUCAGAACUGACCUUUGACGGGCUAAUAGCACGGUGCCAUAAAAGAUGACACAUAGCACAGCAGGAUGAUUCUCUCUCUGCAUGGUUCCCAAGAGAAUGACCUGUGUCUGGUUUGACUGAGCCCUGACUCAUGUGUUUCAACAGGAUGCAGCAAUUUGUCUGAUCCAAAUCCAAGGUUGCACUUCAGGAGUUACCCUACUAAGCAAGUGAGCUAUAGAUCAGAUCUUGCCUAUCUAUAGUUGGGUGCUGUUCUUCAUACUCUGUUCUAGCUCUGAGCUUCUCUAUGAAAAGUCAUUCCAAAUUAAAUAAUUCCCCUCCUUUGAAUCCCAGAGGUGAUCUCGCUUGUGAUGUAGGUGAGCAAGUUUUUGCAUUGCAAGCACCUUGAAUAGGUUCAUGGGACACUUGAUGUUGUGAUUGUCCCGCGAGCUCCCAGGCUGGUUACUAUUUACCACUUAUCAACCUGACUGUUAAGGGAGGCUUCUGGUGAUACAAAGAGACUGGUCUCAUGUGAGGUUUCAUAUCAGCUUUAAAUCUUUACAAGCUUCUGCACCCGAGCGCGCAAGACGAGGGCUCCCAUCACCGCCCAUCUUCUCUGUACUCUUCUCUUUCCUACUUCUCUUUCUCUCCAGGUGUUGAUUGCAAAUCCUUUGCCCUCCAAAACACUAAAACUGACAGAUUUGUAAAAGAACCUGAAUGGCAUGAUAUUUACGCAGAGUUACACAAGUGGCUAGGUAUUCGCAGUCCUCAGUCAAAAACCUUUUGGCUUUUGGAAGAAAUAUGUUUCUACAUCUCAACUCUUGCAGUGCCUCUUCACUGAAAGUUAUGGUUUUUUGUAACCCUAAUUUAAAAGUAGCCAUUGUUACUGUUUGAACAU